AUGCGUUUCCUCUUCUUCGCGACCCUCGUCACCUCCGCCCUGGCGAUCGACUCCCUCACCGAGCUUAUGGACCAGCUCCCCAAGUGCUCCAUCGAAUGCCUUACCAACGCCCUCUCUGAGCAAGGCUGCUCCCUCACCGACGUUCAAUGCGCGUGCUCCAACGUCCAGGCCAUCGUCGAGAGUGCUUCACCAUGCCUCAUCAUCGCAGGCUGUGCCCUUGAUGAGCUAUCCAAAGCAUCAACCUCUGUUGCAGACAUCUGCUCCGGCCAAAUCACUGGCACCCCUACUCCAGCGGCAUCAUCGGCUCCAACUUCCACCACCGCCGACACCGUCGAGACGAACGGCCAGCCUUCCACCUUUGGCAAGGGAUCCAUGUGGACGGGAGCACUUGCCGCAGCAGCAGUGGCUCUUCUGUGA